UACAAAAAAAAGUUGAAAAAAAAGAGAUUGCUCCUCCAUGCAAUAUAAACUGUGUCACUAAACAAAAAUCCCAGCGCGAUGGGGCCUGGUGGGGGCAGGGAACUCAACUUUGCCCAGAGAAUUGUGUCAAAUAGAUAAAAAAGAAAAACGAUGCCAGCAGCAGCAGCACCAUGAUGAUGAUGACGAUGGUGGUGGUGCUGGUCGUGGCUAUAAUGAUGAUAGCCAUGGCAGCCACUCCUUUCAGUGAGUCUCAGCCGAGGCAGUAAUAAUUAUAACCUCGAUUCCGGGGCUUUAUCGGGCUUUCGAGAAAACUGGCCCCGAAAAUUGUCGAGCAUUUGAAUAAUAUUACAAGAAUGCAAUCAACAUGAAACCAGAGUGAGAACUCCAAAGUGGGGAAAAGAGAUUGUCAAAAAAAAAAGUAGGCGGUGGCUUUUGUUGAUUUAAAUGGCACCCGAAAGACGGACAGAUGGACAGAUGGAUAGCUGGACGGGAUGGUCAGCGAGGGGAAUGGAGAACUAUUCAAAUUGAGGUCAUUCAUCUCGCUUCGUUGAGCGCGCUUAAGUGAAUUAUGUAUACGUAGAGGCAUGCGAGUGCUGGCCGGCGAGUGGCGAAGGGUCAGGGGAGCACAUGGAAGUCGGGUCAGCAGCUUAGAUGAGCAUGUGAAUGGAGGCAGAAGACCCACAACCACACUCACUACUAUUUUAAGUUUUUUGGAAGCUAUGGGAAAUGUCAACUCUUUCUUUUAAAUGCUAUUUUUGGCAAUAUUACGUAGUUUUCUCAAUAGAAGAAAUCUGUUUCAUAGAUUUUAUUUCUUAAAAAAACCUGUAACAUAUACUCUUUUAUUAACAUUUCCCUGUCAGUAGUUCUUGAAGCAAUUUCUUUGGCCAUUACCCCCCGACUUUGGUAAAAAGAAAGCCUUUCUCCGCGUUAACGCUAAUUGCCCGCAAUUUGCCUUGGAACUUGUCCUUCUCCCGCUGGUUGAGUGAAUAAAAAAUAUGAUUGAUUGAUUGACUCCAGAGAGAUCGACGCCCUCAGAAAAAUCCGUAAAACCGAUUUGCAUAAAUAUUUGUUCGCUCUUGUGGGCCGAGAGCUCACUGAGUUUGAAUUUGGAAUUUUUGAUAUUAUUGCCACUGCCGUUCUCUGUCUAUCUGGCUCUCCGUUUUGUAUCGUUUGGUUCGAUUUGAUUUUCUUAUGGGAGUAGGUCAGUUCAAAAUUUGCAUAUAUGGCUGCCUUUGAUUUCUCGCUCGAUUUUUUAUUCAUAUUCUGACUGCUGCCCUGCCCCAAAAACGUAGAUGUGCGAACACGUGCUCGAGGCCCCACAUACCUCUUUUUUGCAUUUAUCUUUUGAUAUUGAAGUGAGGUUGAAGAACUUCUUUCCUGUUCCACAAUACGACCUAAUAUUGGAAGAGAUAAUUGCUAAAAAGUAAACAAAGAACGUCUAGUAUCUGGAGUGUUAGUCGGUAGUCGGGUCAAUUGCAAAACCAACAGACACAUUCGUUAUGCAACUCUUAGGAAUUGCCUAUAAAAUAGAUCACACUACGAUUCUCGAUCAGUUACCAUCACAUUCCUGGCAGCAUGAAGAUCGAACUAUUUUUGGGACUACCCAUCCUGAUUUAUUCCUUGGCCAAUGGCGUGUUCCUGCCCUGUGCCGGAGACUCCUUCUGUAUGUGCAAGGAUCACCAAGUUGGAGACUUAGUUCCCGAUUGCGACGAUUGCUCGAGUUACUAUCUUUGUGGCAACAACUCCAUCACCUUAAAAAAGUGUGGCACAGGACUCGUCUUCGAUAUUGUAGUGAACGCCUGCGUCCCGGGAACUUGUCCCCGAGUGGAUGGCGAGUGCUCUAAUCCUGGCCCUGAUCCUGAUCCAACAACAACUGCUGAUCCUGGUCCAGAACCCUGUGCAAAUACGGCUGUGAAGUGCACCUUUUAUGGCCAGAUGCUGCCAAAUGCCCAGCACUGUCAGCGGUUUUGGAUCUGUGUGGGUGCGGGUGUGGGUGUUUGUCCAGCUGAGGGUUUCUGCGAGCUCGGACAAUGGUUCAAUCGGGAGAAAUUCGUAUGUGAUUUUCGGGAAAAUGUGUACAACUGUCCAGCUAAUGUUGACUAAAUUACAAAACUACAAGGAUAAUCAUUAUUUUCAAGAGUUCUUACAACCCUUUUUUAAUCAAUAUCAUGUUAAAAGUACAUCUAAUACCAUUCAAUUGAAACAUCAAUAAAUUGAGGAAGUCCAGAUAAUGGGCAAAUGGAACUAGUUUGUGAUUUAAAAUGCAAUGCUUCGAAAUCAAAUCAAAUAAAUAUGUGUCAUGGCGAAUCGAAGUGAGGCAAAGUUAAUUUUAACGGUCAUUAAACUGCAAUUGUCCUCAUGAAUAGGCGGCAGUGGCAAGAGCCGGCGAACAGCAUGGCGAUAAUUUACGCAAAUUGCUUGACACAAUUUUGUAGUUGUUGCAGCUUUUUGUUGCUUUUGCUGGAUGGUGUUGUUGCCCCAGGCAAGUGGGCGGUUGCUGCGUGCAAAUUGUUUCUGUUGCUGCUGCUGCUGCACUGCCACAAAAAAAAAAAACUUAAUUCAGCACGCAACUAACAAUUUUAGCCGUUCCAGAUAGAGCGACUGGCACACCCAGGUGCAUAUGAAAACCAACAAAAGAAGCGCCAAAGUAAUGCCGACUCUUGUUCCAUGCCACGAAAAUGCCAUACUCUUUGUCAAUCAGCCCACAGAAAAUUCGUGCAAUAAUUGGUAAAAGUUUUGGCAAGUUUAUGGGCUUUUCAUUCAUGCGAACUAAUUUUCAAAACAAAAUUAUAGGACUUUGAUUUCAUGUUUUCAUCCAAGGGAUUCGUUACCAAAAACUAUUACAGGACUAGGUGGUAUUUUAUUGGGAGUUUAUUGAACUUAAAAAAUAUAUUAAGAAAUUUGAAUUUAAACUAUUUUUAUUUAUCAGUAAUUCGUUAGAAUUAUUUAAUAUUUUUAUUGGAGUUUUUAUAUUUUGAAAAUCACUUAGCACUCUGCUCGUCAUCAACAACGAUUGCAGAUCGCUCGUCACUAAAAUUUAACUUUUUCCGAAAUAUGAAUAAUUUCUUCCCAAGCCCUAAUAUUUUUUUUUGAUUUAAAAUUAAUUUAUUUUAUAUAAUUUUUCUAUAUUUUAACCUUAUGUUAGUGUAUUCCAAAAAUAGCUGCUUCUAGUAGCUUGUGGAACUGCAAACAAACAACAAACUUUCACCCGGCAGUAAGCCGCAGCAUUUUGGACAAUUUCGUAACUGGGUAAACACACACAACCACACACACCCAGCAUACACACACUCACACUCACACUGACGUAGAAACUGACACAAAUACUCGCACACCCGGGCAGUCAUGCAAAUGUUGAGUGCAUAAAGUGCAGCCAGCAGCGACAGGUGAACGAACGACCUCAAACGAGGUCAGGCAGCGGCAGCAACAGAAACUACUGAGUGGCUGGGGGGGGGGCGAUAGUUGGGGCAGAAGCGAGGCGAAAGGGGCAAGAGCCAAGGGGCCAUUCAUGCGCACGAUAAAGCCGAAAAAAAUAUCAACUAUAUAUUAUGCAGCACGCUCGCAUGUUGGACCGGUGCCUGAGCUGGAGCUGGAUCUGACAAAGCUUUGGCAGUUGGCCCUGUUCGCAUGCUAAUGGCCCGGCCCAGGCCCCAGACCCCAACCCCGGUCCCGGCCCGGUCGAAAAAGCCAAAAAACGAAUACCGUCGAAAGACGACGAGGAACUAAAUGCGGGCAACAUUUGGCCACUUUACGGGCCCUGGCGAUGCUGCUGCUGCUGCCAGAGAUUUCGGUGACCCAAAUCCUUUUCUGGCCUGGCCAAAAGUGAGGGCCUGGCUUAGUGAGAAACCCAUUUGAGGUACUCAAAGCGAAAUACCAGGGCAGAAAUUAAAAUCUUUUAAAAUGUAAGAAUAAUUUAGAUUAUAGAACCUCCCCACCUGUUUGAUAAAAAAAGCGCCUACCUCACUGCAUGCUUUUUUAUCAAAUUAUAUUUUUAUUUCUCUAAUCAUCCUACAAUACCCUCUUAUCGGAACAAAUUCCUAUCCAAGAAGUCACUAAACCCUGUGUUGAGUAUUUCUUAGAGUGUUUCUGAAUGUGAAUCUGGCCCAAACGAGUUUGUCCGCCCCCUCUUCAAUGGCUGUUCAACUCCGUCCCCUGCCACUUGCCACUGCCACCUCCACUGCCCCGUCACUUGGCUGCACUAAAUCACUUAAGAUGCUUUUAGCUGGCAGUGCUGGGAAAAAGUUUGAGUUUAGGCCAAGCUGGGCCAGGCCAUGCCAGACCAGGCCAGCAUGCUCCGCUUAUUUAUGUGGGGCCUGGUGCAGCACCAGCGUGUGUAAUGGAUGGUGUUGACCUGGUCUGGGUCUGCUCUGAAAUGGGAAUGGAGUGCCAGUGGCCAGUGGGUGUGCUUGCUCGGUGCUCGGUGGGUGGUGACAGGUGACAGGAGGCAAGAGGCAGAAGGAAGGAGGCGUUGGGUCCACAGGUCGAUUGAAUAAGUAAUGACGGGGAUUAUGCCCGGACAGUUCACUUGCUCCCAAUACCAAUACCAAUACCAAUGACAGUGCCAGUUCCAUUAUGGGCACUCUCCGACUGAAGCGUCCAUCGAUCUGCUCCACUUCGUGGCAACUUCAGCCCGCAAAUCCGCAAAAUCAAUAUGGAGAAGUAGCCUUGGCGCGCUAAUUGAAAACACCUUAGAACAAAUAGAGAAAGCAGAAAAAUAUACGAAUAUAAUGAAUGCAAAAAAAAGCCAAGUGCCCGCCACAAGCAAUUAGCGGCAUCGAAGGUGGCAGCCUCAAAAUCCAAUGCUGACCGGCAAAUAAUAAUCACACAUUGUGCAUAAAAGUAUGAGUUAUGAGGGCGGAGGCGGGGGAUGGCUCAGGUUAUGCCAUAAUUAAUUUACGAGCUGUGACAAUUAACGCCAACGAGUCGCUUUAUGAGCCAUUGGCUUUUUGGGUGGGCGGUGAAAAGCGUGACUCCAGCACAAUGAGAACCUAGAGCUUAAGCCGUGACAAGGCUGGAACCUCGUCUGGCUGCGGCCAUAAUAAGAUUAUGUUGCCGGCCCACUAAGGUCAGGGGGGCUCCACCUUCGAGGUGGCGCGGCACGGCGAGCAAAAUGGGUCACAAAUAUGAGAAAAACAACACGAAAACAUAUGAUUAUUUAACAAAAAUAGGCACGACUUAAAGGGAAUUAUUUAAGAGUUUUAAAAUGUUCUUUAAAAUACUUAUUAAUAUAAAAAAUAAUAUCUGAAAAAUGAGAAUCUAUACAUCAUUUAAUA